AUGGCUGCAAUAGUUGUUCAAGCCCUCGAGACCUCAAAUGUCACAAUUAGCAUCAAAUCAGUAGCUGAAUCACAAGCUCUCAACUCUGUUCUUUCUGCUCAUGCCUUCAGCAUAAACCCCAACGAUGAAGCUGAUCCAAAUGACCCUGAGUUUGCUGUUCCCAUUGUUGAUAUGUCUCUUCUCACCUCCGGUUCACCUGAUCAACGCGCAAAGAUGGCGAUCUUGUCAAAAUUUGCGAUUAACCACGGAGUACCAGAUAGCCUGAUGAAGGGGAUGAUUGAUGCAUAUCAUGGAUUCUUUAGACUUCCAGAUGAAGAGGAGGAGGAGUUUAAGUCAGGAAAUGAUGUUCUUGAGAUGUUCAAGUAUGGGACAAGCUUUAAUCUGGCAUUGAACAAAGUACUUCUGUGGAGGGACUUCCUCAAGGUCCAAACACAUCCCGAGUUCUACUCCCUCAACAAACCAGCUCGCUUCAGUGAGGUUUCGCUGGAGUUCAGCAGAAGAACCCGAGACGUAGCAUUGGAAAUAACAAGAGCAAUAUCAGAAAGUUUAGGGUUGGAGCCGGACUACAUAUAUAACACAAUGAACAUGGAUCACGGCAUGCAAAUGCUAGUCGGAAACUACUACCCGCCUUGUCCACAGCCUGAACAUGCCCUUGGUGUCGCCCAUCAUACCGAUCAUGGUCUAGUCACACUCCUCAUCCAGAAUGAGAUGAAUGGUCUCCAAGUUGAGCACAAUGGGAAAUGGCUCGCCGUCGAUGGCGCUCCCAACGGCUUCUUCGUUAACCUCUCUGAUCAAUUGCAUAUUCUUACAAAUGGUAAGUACAAGAGUGUAAAGCAUCGAGCCACAUUGAACAACAAAACUACAAGGAUAUCGAUAGCUAUACCACAUGGACCAUCUGUAGACACGAUCGUGAGCCGGCAGCAGAGUUACGUUGUGUGA